UAAAUUUCCGCAUUUGUUGCAAAUUUCAGACAAAAAAAAAAGCUUUCCUUUUUAUCAGUCUUUGUCCGUCUUCUACCUCCACCAUCAAAUCCGGUGACCAUCAGCUUCACCGAUGACUAGAGGUGGACUUGGCAUCGCUGCGAUGUCAUACGUGGCAAUCGAUUACAUGCGUUACGUGUCACCAGUGUGGCAUUCUCGUCUUAUGCCAGUUCUUUGGUCGGUUCUUGCUAUCGCCGUCGUCACUCGUGUUCUGUUCUAUAAACACUGGUCUAAAGAGCUACGAGCAGCUAUUCCUUUUCUUGGUUCUGUCGUAUUCUUGCUCUGUGCUCUUCUCUUUGAAGCUCUUUGUGUUCGCUCUGUUACUGCUGUUCUUGGCUUAGAUUGGCACCGGGAAACGCCUCCACUUCCUGAUACAGGCCAAUGGUUCUUACUUGCACUAAACGAGAGCCUUCCCGGGACAAUUGUGGAAAUCUUGAGAGCUCAUAUCAUUGGAUUGCAUCAUUUUCUUAUGCUGUUUAUAAUGUUGGGUUUCUCGGUAGCAUUCGACUCAGUGAAAGCUCCAGGUUUAGGAUUAGGCGCGAGAUACAUAUUCACGAUGGGAGUUGGACGUCUUUUAAGAGCUAUUACCUUUGUAUCUACUAUAUUACCUUCAGCUAGACCUUGGUGUGCUUCAGCCCGGUUCAACAGUGUACCUUCUCAUCCUCAUCGUUGGGCUCAGAAAUAUUAUGUCCCCUAUGCUAAUGACCCUGCUGCUAUAAGACAGCUCCUUCAUUGGGAUGCAGCUUACGCUGAUCCAGGAAGUUACAUUGGUGACUACAGAGCUGAUUGGGGUUCAAUGAGCUUCCUUAGUGAGUUCUUGAGACCGAGUUACUCUGAAGGGUCUUCUUGGUUUGCUCUACUAAAGAAAGCCGGAGGUGGCUGUAAUGAUCUCAUGUACAGUGGUCAUAUGCUUGUAGCUGUCCUGACAGCUAUGGCUUGGACGGAAGCUUAUGGAGGUUUCUCUUCUGCAAUGAUAUGGUUGUUCGUGGCACACAGCGCACAGAGAGAAAUACGAGAGCGCCACCAUUACACAGUAGACUGCAUCGUGGCGAUUUAUGUUGGUAUCCUUCUCUGGAAAAUGACGGGUUUCAUUUGGUCAGCCGAGAGAAAAACAAAGCAGACGAAACUAGAGAAGAUUCAGAACAGUCUGAUUCACGCUGCAAAGGAUGGGGACAUGGAGACUGUAAGGAGACUUGUGGAGGAGAUAGAGCUAAGCUCCAGGGUGGAGAAGCAGAGUAAUGUCAUCUCGAACCGGACAAUGACUGUGUUUGCGUGUGCCACAGUGAUCACAACACUUACUAUAGUGAUUCUGGCGUUGACUUUGACAAGCGACGGCUAAAAGAGACUUUGAAUGUUAAUGAGAUUUGAACUAAGACGGAUAGUUGUCUUUCCACGUUUUCUGGUUUUCUCUGUUUAUUGUUUGUAAUGUUUUGUGCUACUUCAAUCUCAACCGAUGCGAGAGCACCAAAACCUCCAAGCCACCGAAGGAAAGCCAGUGAACGAUUUGAUA